CUGCUUUUCUCUAGCCGGUAAGCCAACUCGAGCUGCCCAUAUUUUCCCAAGAAGGUCGAGAAAUCAUCUGAAAAGUCUCAGUGAGUGAAUCUGGGAUGUGGGUCGGCUGAAAAUUUCGAAACUUUUCUUUGGGCUGCAGGAAUCUUGUCGUCGUCAUCAUCUCUCAAUGGAAGGGAUUGAGCAGUGGAAGAGCGAGGUGGAGCAAUUUAUUGAGCAAGGGAUCGAGUACAUCCGUCAGGUGCCGGCAAUUCAGCAAGGGAUUGAAUACGCCUCUCAGAUACCGGCAAUUCAGAAAGGGAUUGAAUACGGUCGUCAGAUACCCCCAGUUCAGCUCUACUCCGCCGCUGCCGUCCUGGUUUUCACUGCCCUUUUCUUCAUUCUCGUUCGCUUGUUUAGACGGCCAAGAUCUAAUACCGUUGUCUUGACCGGACUCAGUGGGAGCGGUAAAACGAUUCUUUUCUAUCAGCUUCGGGAUGGCUCUUCACACCAGGGUACUGUCACCUCAAUGGAACCCAAUGAAGGAACUUUCAUUCUCCAUUCUGAAGCUAGCAAGGAGCGCAAGGUGAAGCCUGUCCACAUUGUUGAUGUUCCUGGCCAUCCUCGUCUUCGGCCAAAGCUAGAUGAGUUCUUGCCUGAAUCAGCAGGAAUUGUCUUUGUCGUUGAUGCCCUGGAGUUCUUACCUAACCUUCGUGGAGAUUCAGAGUAUUUGUAUGAUAUUCUGACCAAAUCAAGUGUGGUGAAAAAGAAGGUUCCUGUUCUGAUUUGCUGUAACAAGACAGAGAAGGUUACAGCGCAUACCAAGGAUUUCAUCUGUAAACAGCUUGAAAAAGAGAUUGACAAGCUACGGACAUCAAGGAGUGCAGUAUCAGAUGCUGAUGUUGCCAAUGACCACACACUUGGUAUACCCGGGAAAGCAUUUUCAUUCUCACAAUGCACUAACAAAGUCUCUAUUGGAGAAGCUUCUGGUUUGACUGGUAAGAUAGCAGAUGUAGAACAGUUUAUCAGGGACAAUGUAAAGCCAUAAUAGGUGCUGCUGUUUCCUUUUUGAAGAACACUAUUGAGAGGCGGUGAGGAUGUGUACCUGUACCCUGAGCUGACCCCAGCUUAUGCCUAUAUGGGGGAUAGACCAGGGAGAGAAAGAGAAAGAACAGCGGAAGGCUCUAGACUGACAUUCAUUGUUAUCAGCCAUUCAAUUCAAGAUUUGUGUAAUUAACAGCGUUCGACCUUAUCAUCGAGUCAAAUGAACUGUGUAACCAGCUCUUUUUAUUGGUUUUGGUUGGAUGCAAUCUGCCAUGGAGGUUAGAGUGGCU